UUACCCAAACGCAAUUGGGGUCUCUUUUCCAUUCAUUCAUAGAGUUUCAAGAUCACAAGCCUCCGAAACAACAAUAAAUAACACAAGAAUGGCUUCCAAGACCCCAAUACGAUCCACCACUACACCCCUCUCCAACUCAAUCUUCAAAUCUAAACACAUUUUCUUACAUGAAUGGUGGCUUGUGAAACCUCCAAACCAAUGCAAGGGUUUAGCGCUUGCUGGCAUUGCUUCAAUGGAGAGAGAAAGAAUGUUUUUUUCUUCAGUGAUUGUAGAGAGACAUGAACCCAAUGUUGUAGAGACUCAAGAUGGCAUCACUGUAAUGUUUCACGGUUUGAUCAACGCUUCACGUACAUCUCAAAAUGGUUUUUCUUCUGAGGUAUGUCGCCGUUUCUCGGUUGGAUUUCCACACAAUUGGAAAAAUUAUUCAGCUCAUAGUUCAGAAAAUGAAUGUGAAAACGUGGAUAAAGUUACUGGUUUUGACGACUCAAAUACUUCUUCCCACAAAAAAACAGCUGAUGAGACCUCACAGGAAGCUGAAGGUAACAACAAUAUUGCGAAUCUUAGGUUGUCUCAACCACAUGUUGGUGUGAUUUAUAAUGGUGAAAAUGGAUUCUCAAAUGCUUCACCCCACAAAAAAGCAGCUGAUGGAACUUUGCAGGAAGAUAUAGAACCUGAAGGUAAUGACAACAUUGCGGGUCUUAAGUUGUCUCAGCAGGAAGAUAUGGAACCGGAAGGCAAUAACAACAUUGCGAGUCUUGAUUUGUCUCAACCGCAGGUUGACAUGAUUUCUAAUGGUGAAAAUGGAGUCUCAAGUGUUGCUGCAGCUGAAAAUAGUCAAUAUUUUAUGAGUGUAUUUGAAUUUGAUCCUACCCAUGAGCCUGAUAGUCUUAGGUCUCCACUUUACGCAAAGAAAUUGGAUUUUGACAUAUUAUCAAGUGACCGCAUGGAUAAGAAACGUACCAAGAAGAAGAUUGUAAAGGAAACUGGUAAAUUGUGUAGUAGUAGGGUGCUGACAAGAAGCAUUGCCAAGAAAAGUCACAUGAUGCUUAAAAAGGAUGGGAAAACUGCAGUAAAAUGUUUCACUUCUCCUGUUAGAAGAUCUACCAGGCUACUAAAUUAUCAAAAAUGAGCUGUUUACGAUUAUUCUGUUGGAUUUUGAUCCUAACUGAAAAAUUAUUUGCUUGCUUUUGAAGAUAUAUAGGUGUAGUGUUCAUAGGAUUUGGAGGCCUUUGAAAUGUUCAAAUUGGUGCCUGAGGAAGCAUAUUCCAUAAGUUUUAGAGUUUGCUUCUUUUAUUUGUACCUCCUUUUUUGGGUUGUUGAAUUAAGGGUAUAUAUGCACAUCUGAUAUAUUUAUUGA